AUGCAGCUCCCCACCAUCCUCCUCUUCGCCGCCACCGCCGCCGCCCUCGCCCUCCCGGAGCCCUCCACCAGCGGAGGGCCGUUGCCGGCGGCGUUCAAGAACCAGUGGAACUGUCCCGCGGGCAGCAGCAGUCCGCCCGCGACGUAUAUCCAGAUGACGCAGAAUGGGGCUGCUGAGGGGGGUGUUACUGUUUUCUGCACCAUUUGA